AUGAAUAUCCCACCGCAGAGCGGAUGGGAUGUAGACGAAGGUAACGUGGCGAAAAUCGUUCGCCUCAAACCACUCUUGAAGAACGCGGCAAACUGCCAGGCUAAAGGCCUGACCAGAAAUGCCUCCGUCUUAGACGAGCUUCCUGAUGAGCCAGUCCGCGAGUGGGCUGACUUCUCAGAGCAUGAGUUGUUGAGUGCCCUUAAGGGGUGCUCCAACUCCUCUGCACCAGGACCGGACCACAUUACAUGGGUCCACCUAAAGGAGUUGCUCAAGGAUAAACACGUCCUUGUGCUCUUCAUCGUGUUGGCCAACGCUUGCCUUCGGGUGGGUCAUUGGCCACGUAUAUUCAAGGAGUCGCUAUCGGUUAUCGUUCCGAAACCGAAUAAGCCCUCCUACUCCAUGCCGAAGGCUUUUAGGCUGAUUGUACUCCUCAUCACUUUCGGUAAACUUAUCGAAAAGAUGAUUGCCAAUAGGAUACAGUUUGACGCCGUCAAGCAUGAUAUCUUCCAUCCCAACCAACUUGGCGGCAUCCGCCAGAGGUCCACUGAGGAUGCUGGAUUGAUUCUGACUCAUCUUGUAGGAGCGGGGUGGGUUAAGGGUCUCCAGACUAGCGCGCUGGCUUUUGACAUUGCGCAGUUCUUCCCUUCUAUCAACCAUGAGAUGUUCAUGGCUGUUCUUCGUAAGCAGGGGUUUUCGCCGGUCCUGGUGGAAUUCUUUGCCUCUUACCUUGUAGGCCGUUCCACAGCUUACUGUUGGAACACCUUCCAAUCCGACCCACGGUCAGCGGAUGUGGGUGUCGGGCAGGGCUCAGCUCUUUCGCCUGUUAUCUCUGGGCUGUUCAUUGCUCCGGUCAUGAAGCUCUUCUACAUCAAGGCGGCGCCACUCAACAUGACGCUGCUUUCCUUUGUGGAUGAUGGGACCAUUCUGGCCCAAUCCAAACAACUUGAUGAUAAUAAUGUGGGCCUGCGUAAGGCAUACAAAAUUAUCUACCUCCUCUUCGUUGCCUUCGCGCUCGUUCUUGAACACGACAAGACCGAGUUGUUUCACUUUUCGCGUCAACGAGACGCCUACAAUCCUUCGCUGGAUUUGGGGUAUGCCCCUCAUACCGGUGCUACACCUUUGAAGCCCAAGACCUAUUGGCGGUACUUGGGCUUCUACUUUGACCGCGGGCUCACGUUUCAUGAGCACGUUCGCUACUACGCCACCAAGGCGUUCACCACCGUGCAGGCCAUGCGCAUGCUCGGAAACUCUACUAGAGGUCUCUCGCCUAAACAGCGCCGCCUCUUAUAUAGGUCAUGUGUGGUUCCCAUUGCCACAUAUGGCUAUCGUCUCUGGUAUUUUGAUGGUGCCCGUAACAAGGGCACGAUGAACCAGCUAAAACGGAUGCAGCGGAAAGCUGCUCUAUGGAUCACGGGUGCUUUUCGCACCUCACCUACAGGCGGUCUUGAGGCCCUUGCUGGCCUCAUCCCCGUCCAUCUCAUGCUGAAGAAGUUGGUGACGCGCGCAGUGUAUUGCGUCGCUACCCUCUCAGACACUCAUCCUCUUCGCUCUAUGAUGGGCGAAGGACUCCUCAAGCGAGCUGCACCACACGCUCGCUCUGCCGCCUUGAUGACCCCAGCUAUGCGAGGGAAAGUCAAGAGCACUGUUAUGGAGGUGGGCGAGCGUGUCCACACCUUAACUGAGAGCUUUGAGCCCUUUGCGCCCGAAGCUCGCCCAGGCGAUCGGUUAUUGGACCGCUAUGCGGACCGUAUCCAUUUUGACGAGCGUGAUCCUGGCCAGGAUAGGCGCCCAUAUCUAGACGAGCUCAUCACGAGAGCGAGGGCCGACCCACUAACAGUACUGGCUGCAACUGAUGGCUCCGUCCCUCAGUCCAACCAGUAUCAGGCGGCUUCGGCUGCUAUAAUCUACAAGGGACAUUGCGAGCUCGAGAGGACUCGUUAUGUCUCUGGCAGAAUUACCGCCCCAGACGCGGAACUCAAUGCCAUCUCGUGUGCAGUACGCCUUGCUGUCAAGCAGGCAAACUGUCAACAUAUCAUGGUCUUUACUGACUCCAUGGGCUCAGCCCAUAGAGCGGUUGACCCCUCCGUACAUUCUGGUCAGGCUUUUAGCCUGUCAGUUUGCCGCGUUCUUCAAGAGUGGUUUGAGCCGGAUGAUCUCCGCCGCAUUACCUUCAUUUACGUCCCAUCUGCUCUGCGGUGGGAUAUCCAUGGUGAAGCACACAAGUACGUCACCGAGCUCAAAGUCAGGGUUGGACGUCGCAAGACGGACAACUCCAUAGACGCACUACGCUCUCGAGCCGCGCACUCAGUCCUGGAUUCGUGGAGUUCCACUUUCCAGGAUCCAACCUACCGGGGCUCUGAGUUUUUAGAGCUUCAACAGCCUGACGGGCGGCCGCUACAGCCAUCGUACCUCAAUGGGGGACCUUGGCUUUCAACCUUCGGACACAGUAUUACUGAGUUCGCCCGCGUUUGCUGGUGUAUAACUGGCCACGCGCCCAUUGGAGCGUAUUAUCGUCGCUUCAAGAUUAAUGAGCCUCAUGGCUGCACUUGCGGGGCUGCUUUGCAGUCUCGCCAGCAUAUCCUCCUUCGCUGUCGCGAUAGAUAUUCUAUACACUAUCCCUGUUUUCUCAGGGAUAUUGCAUCGUUUAUGAAGUACAACCCUACAGCAUUUGGCUUCAACCGGGACCCUUCGGGUGUCGGAUAA